GUAGCUCCCAAGUCCAUGGCUUCUGCCUCCAAUUCAUCACUCUCUUCCACCACCCAUUCCCAUCCCGACGACAGACUAGAUUUAGGCUCCAUUCUGUCCAUAGUAUCCUUGGUUAAUCACCACAUUCAAUGCUUCCUCUCCGACCAUGCUGCUAGGAAGUUUCUCCAGCUCAAAUGCAACUCAAGUCUUACCAUAUCCAACCAUGGUUGCAUUGAAUUCUCCCAGCAUUCAGUCCUUUCGAACCUCUACUGGGGAACGGAGAACAUUGAGCUUGCAAUCCAAUCCAACAGCCAAGAAGAAAGGAAUUUUCGGCUCACGAAAUCCGAGAAGAUGUUACAGAUACCAGCAUUCCUAGAAGAGGAUGGUUGCACGGCUGGAAUCGAGAACCGAUACAUAGUUUGUUGCUCCUACUUCUACCUCUCAUUGGUUCGGAAGCUCAGAGGAGAUGAGUGGCAGAUGACCAUGUACUUCCUCCAGUCAGUGUUAGUCUUCCCCCGGCUGGUUAGAAAAGAGCUUGCACCGGGCUUGUGGCGAAGACUUUUUGGAUCUCUGGUGACAAUUAGAGCCACCGAGGAAGCGGCGGAUGAGGCGGCAAAGCAGCAGGGGAGAAGGUACAAGGACUGGUUGAUGUACUAUCAGGUGGUUUCAUAUGGGGAGAGUCCUCCAUGGAAGGGAUGCUUGAUGGUCGAUAACUGCAGGAGGGAAGCAGAGAACCAACAGUACACAAAUUUUGCCGGCAGGAAAUGUUUUAACUCCCUUGAACAAGUACCUACCUGGGCAAGUUUUCAGAUGGCUCAGAUGGUAUAUCCACCAAAAGAAAUAAUAGAAGUAGAAAAAGGUAAAGCCACCACAGCCAAUUCAAAGGAAUGUGAAGAUUUUAGUAAAGCCAAAAAUGUAAACUCUCUUGUGACAAUUUUGGAUAAGAGUUUUCAUGAAGAAAACAAGGAAAGCUUUGACAUGAGAUGCCUCCAAGAGAUGCUAGAAGAGUCCCAGUCAGAUUCACCAGUUUCCUUUUAUUCACAUGUUGAUUUCACAGAAGCAAGUGACUCAGAGGGUAAAGAGAGUCCAGAAAAGAUUCUGUCGACUGAUGCAGAUAUCUCAGCAUCCAAUACUGGUGAAAGGAACUACCUACCUGGUUAUUCAUAUCCUCAGUGUCCAGAGUCAUAUGCUGUUGAUUCUCCAAGCUAUUCAAUGAAUGUGGAAGUCUGCAAAGCAAAUGCAAGUUGUCUGUUCUCUAGCAGAUCACAUAGUUCACUUAACGAUUUAAAAUUUUCAAUGUUGGAUCUGAGAGAUGUGGAGACAUGUCCAUUUUCCUACUGUUCUGUAGAAGAUGGGACACCUCCAGGAAGUUCACCACCACAUGACUUAAAAUGCUUUAGCAGUUUCUCAUCCAAAUUUAAAAGGAAAUAUCACAUUUCUGAAGCGGUUCCUCAAGGAAGUUUUGCAAGGAAGAAAAUAAACUUUUCCAACAGCGAGAAAGACCGGAGUGAUGAAAGCUCAAGUUAUAGGAAAGAUAAUCACACGGAACUGCUGGAAAGAUUUGAAAAGGCAUUUUCAACUCUACAUUUCUCAGAAGGUCAAGGAAAAUGCGAAGAUGAUGAUUUGGAAGUUGCAACUAUAGGGGAAAUACUCAACACUAAGAAGAAGGUUAAAUAUAGCUCAGUAAAGCAAGAAAUCCUUGAUCAAUUACUGGACAUCAUUUCAACUUCUAAAAAGGAGAAAGUCAUUAGGGCAUCAGUAUCUAUGCUCUUACUUCUAAUAUCAGAAGACAAAGCAGUAAUAGAAGACAUUAAGAAAAAGGAUUUACAUCUGAAUUAUCUGGCCAGUGCGUUGAAGAGAAAUGUGCAAGAGGCUGCUAUUCUUAUCUAUUUGCUAAAUCCAUCACCCACAGAGAUAAAAGGUCUAGAGCUUCUACCAGCACUAGUUGAGGUUGCUUGCAACUCAAAUGGUCAGAAGGGAUCUUUGUCGCUUCCUAUAACACCAACAUCAGCAUCAAUAGCCAUGAUUGAAGUAUUAGUAACUGCCUUUGACUAUGUAACAAAUAACAUGCACUUGGGAGCUAUUAGUUCUCCUAAAAUUCUCUCUAAGCUAGUAAAUGUUGCAGUGAACAAGAAUUUAGAAGAAGGUGUGGCUUUAGCAGCAAUUCUUGUUAGGUGCAUGCGUUUGAGUGGAAAUUGCAAAAAGUUUUUGUCACAAGUCACUCCUGUGGAUCCAUUUCUCUAUCUUCUUCGAAGAAAUGAGAGACGUGCCAAAUUUGUUGCACUUGAAUAUUUCCAUGAGAUUCUUCGCAUGCCCAGGUCAUCAGCCAUUCAUUUGCUCCAUCAGAUACGACAGCACGGAAGUAUCAACAUUAUGCACACGUUAAUGGCCUGUAUCCAACAAGCUGAACUUGAAUAUCGACUAUUGGCAGCAAAUCUUCUGGUUCAAUUGGACAUGCUGGAGAAUUCAAGUGGUAAGAGUGCACUCAGAGAAGAGGCAAUUGAAAUCCUACUAGAGUCAGUCACAUCUGAAGAAAAUUGCAGCACACCGACACUAGCGGCAUCUAUUCUUUCAAACCUUGGUGGGACUUAUUCUUGGACAGGGGAACCAUAUACAGCAGCAUGGCUAGUAAAAAGGGCAGGUUUGACAUCAGUACAUCAUAGGAAUAUGAUCCAAAAAGUUGACUGGUUUGAUCCCUGUCUACAGGACACUGAAACAAAUGCAUGGAGUGCCAAGACUGCAAAAGGUGUCAUCAAAUUUGGCCAUUCCAUCUUUAAUGCUUUGGCAAGAGGAAUUCAGAGCAAGACAAAGAGUGUUUCACAUGAUUGUCUUAUAUGCAUUGCAUGGCUUGGCAGUGAAAUGGCAGUUAUGGGUCCAAAUAGCCUCAGAUAUUAUGCCUGUGAGAUUUUGUUAAGUGAAAUAGCACACUUCCUCCAUCCAGGGUCAGAGCUCGAUGAGCGAAUUCUAGCAUGUCUUUGUCUGUACAAUUACACAUCUGGUAAAGGAAAACAGAAAUUAAUGAACUUCUCAGAAGGUUUACGAGAAUCACUUAGACGUCUCUCAGGUUACACAUGGAUGGCUGAGGAAUUACUAAAAGUUACUGAUUAUUUUCUUCCCACCAAACCACGUGUGUCAUGUGUACAUACACAAAUUCUGGAAGUAGGUCAUGUCGGAAGUGGAGCUGCAACUGCUCUUAUUUUCUACAAAGGACAGCUUUGUGCUGGAUACUCAGAUGGCUCGAUUAAAGUAUGGGAUAUCAAGGGACAAAGAACAACGCUCGUAUGGGAGGUCAAGGACCACAAAAGGCCUGUAACCUCCUUUACACUUUUUGAACCAGGGGAUAGCCUUUUAAGUGGAUCCUCAGACAAAACUAUCAGGGUCUGGAAAAUGCAACAAAGGAAAUUAGAAUGUGUUGAAGUUAUAGAGAUGAAGGAUCCCAUUCAAAAAGUAGAAAGUUGUGGUGACAAAAUUCUUGCAAUUACACAAAGCCAUGGUCUCAAGGUCUGCCAUGAAUCAAGAAGCAUCCAGACCACAUGCAAAAAGCAUUAUAAAUGCCUAACAGUUGUCCAGGGCAAAGUUUACCUUGGUUGCACAGAUUCAAGUAUACAGGAGGUAGAUAUAAUGGCAGACUAUAAAACAGAGAUCAGACCUCCUACAAAAAGCUGGAGAAUGCAAAACAAACCGAUGAACUCUAUUCUGGUCUAUAAAGGAUGGGUUUACUGUGCAGGUGCUGUUGUUGAAGGAUCUAGUAUAAAGGAAUGGAGAAAGCGCCGCCAACCUCAAAUUUCAAUAACGAUGGAAAGGGGAACAAAUGUGCAAGCCAUGUCAGUAGUGGAGGACUUCAUUUACUUGAACUGCAGCUCAUCGCCAAGUAUUAUUCAGAUCUGGUUGAGAGGAAUGCAACAGAGAGCAGGUAGAUUAGCAGCAGGUAGCAAGAUAACAAGCCUCCUGACUGCAAAUGAUAUUAUCUUUUGUGGUAGCGAAAAUGGGUUGAUAAAGGGCUGGAUUCCUCUCUAAAGACAUUAGAACAAUGCACGUGGAAGAUACAGGUUGUAAAUUUUUCAAUAUAACUAGGCAGAGAGAAUGUAAAAAGGAUACGAUAUUGUGAGUCAAUUCCAUUCACAAGACAUAAAUAGAGUAAUUCAUACCAGCAAUGAUAAUGAGUUAAGUGAAAAAUAAGUUGCAAGGUUGCUUUGUUGUUGAUGAAUAAUGAGCAUGUACAUUUCUUAAGGUUCAACUAUAUGUGUAUUAGAGCUGAAAAUUGAAAAUGCAGUUGUUUUCAUGUGUAUCAAGGAUGUAUGUUGAAAUAGAAUACUUUAUUGUUGGCAA